AGUGCCAUAAAGAGGAAAACACGUGUGUACCUAGAUAAAAUAAAUGACCGAAUACUUGGAAUCCAGUAAAUCAUAGAAAUCUACGAAGCCAUAGUCAGAUGACGGUGAACACACAGAGACUCUCAGACGUUCAGGAAAGACUAGAAAAACUUCUCACAGACAAAAAAUGUCUAAACUCCAAGGUCACUUCCGACGCCUUUUCAGGAUUCAAAGCGGCUGUCAGCAAGGUAAAAGCUGGACAGACAGCCGAUCUAGGUUCCUCUUUAAAGAAACUGGAGAUAAGCCUUAAAGGCGAGGGAGCGUAUAAGAAUGUGAAGGUUGGGUUUGAAGCUGCCAAGGCCGAUAUUAAUGAGAUUUUAGGUGCGCCUGAAUCUCCCUCCAGAGUUAAGCCUACCCCAAAAGGUUCCCUACAGCCAGGGAACUCAAAGCAAGCUAACCCUCGGGCCGUCACGGUAACACUUUCAAACAGUCACGCCCGCCAAAAACUCCGUGCUAGUGGCCCAGGAUACCAAAGACCCCAUAUAGAGCCAGAUGCUCCCCCGACGAUAAGGACCAGAAGACCACCUGUGGAGAUAAAAGGAUCACAAACUAAGAACCCUGGACCUGAGGAAAUGUCAUCAUUAAAUAAGACAAUCUCUCGGUUGUUUAAUCAUUUGGAAAUCAACAAACUCUCGAAAGAAAGCGAUACGAAAACAUCCACCAGAGUCCGUCAUUCUCGUCGGUCACCCAGCCCUCAUAGACGUCACAGGCGUGAUGAUUAUGACGUCAAAGAACUGCUACAGAAACUGCAAACAUUUGAAGAUGAACUUCAGAGGAGGAGGGAAAAACAGAACGAAGAAACACUUAGUUUACAAGCUCAGAUUCAGAAAUAUAAAAUCCAGGCUGCUGACCAAUCAAAGGAACUAGAGAGGUUACGUGGGAUCCAUUCCAUCACCAAUAAAGCUAAAGGUAGACAUGUAGGCAUGAUAGAAGAGAGGUACCAAGAGGAGAAAAAAGACUUCGAAUCAAGAAUGAAAGAGCUUGAAAACCAUCUGAAAAAGAAAUACGAAAGUGCAAUACAAGAAAAAGAGGACACAGAAAAUACUCUUCGGAAGGACCUAAAUAAACUAAAGAAAGAAAUCCAAAGGGUAGGAAGUUUAAGUUCCGGUGGAAAGACCUCCAAAAGACCACGGUACAGGACGGAGUCUGACGUGUACGAUAUAGGAGAACUGAUGUCGACUUUGGACAUCGUGGCAAAGGACUUACAUAGUCAGCAAGACAGAAACAAAGGAAUUGAAGAAGAUUCCGCCGUCUGGAAGAGUAAUUAUUUAGAACUGGAGAAGGAGAUAAAUAGAUUUUGUCAUGAUAUCUCCCCUUCUCCUCGGAACAAUUCAAAGAAUACGAGCACUCCCCGACCUGGCUCGAAUUCAGUGGUAGCCUUACAAGCCCUGUUAGAGGAAACUAGAACAAAAGUCCUCAGCCGACUGCAGAAAAUGGAAGAAAAAGACAGGACUUUACACGAACAAGACCAACAGAUCAGCAGACUUCGUGAGUCCAGUACUCUGCUGAAUCAGUUGGUUAGUGAGAUCGAAGCUUCCUUCAAAGAACUUCCAUCAAACACACACCAUAGUGAAAGCACAUUAUCUUUACGAAGCAGCUCCAAUCUUAGAUCUAUAGAAAUGUUAAAACACAUAAGACUGUACAUUAACGAAUCUCUUAGUGCAACAAAGGGAAAAGAUAAAACCCUCCAGGAAGUAGAGAACGAUUUAGCGGCUCUGGAAAGUCGCAUCAUGAAUCUGGACACAGGUGUUACGCCCACUUACACUGAAGACAAUAUACAUGGAGACACGCCCACUCCCACUCGACAGCUGUCAAUAGUCAGUCAAAGUCAUGAGGGCGUGUCUGAGUCAUGUAGCAAGCUGCUUAAAAAACUUGAUGUUGUACAAAUAGGAUUUGUACAGAUUCAGACCCAGAAUAAACAAAUGGUCAAUGAAAUAAACUCCCUGAGGAAAAUAUCAGACUUGUUAGCUAAGACCAAACAAGACUUGGAGGGGAUAUGUAAAGUACUGGACGUUUCUCUGAGGGAGGUGGAUACAUCCAAUAUCUCUCACGUGGUACGGGUCUGUAAACUAGGGGCGGAGGGAAAAGUGAAGGAGGUGGACAUCAAAGAGGGGAUAAUUCAGAGGACGAGAUCGGACUUGGACAGACUCAGAGAAGAUAUACACAACUUAUGGGAAUAUGUCAGCGACGACAACUCUGACACCACAGGGGGAGACAAGUCUGACAGAACUUCCUCUCGAUCUAGUAACCCCAAACAAUCUACUUCAGUCAAGGCCACGCCCUCACGACCCUCCACCAAGGAGGAAAUGGACCAGAUUCUCAGACAGUUUAAUAAACUUAAGGGAGAAAAUUCUACCUUAUAUGCGACAUUGCAAGAAAAAGAUGGUACUGUGAUUAACGCAGAGAGCAAACUGAAAGUAGAAAGAACACAUCUUGCUCAACAGGUCAAGGACAGAGACGAGAAGCUGGCGCAAACUCUCAUAGAGUGCGAGAGUUUGAAAACGGAACUCAAUAAGGCAGUUUCUGAGAAAGAGAAAGCGGAAGAAAAUGCAGAAAAAGAAAGGACAAGUUUACACAAACUCAAAGACCAGCUAGUAGAAUUAGAGGAAGAAUUCACAAAGGUCAAGGACACAUAUGAAGCGCGAGUGGAUGACCUUCAAAAGAAACUCCGAGAGUCUGCAGAGGAAACUGAUAAACUCUCCAAAGACAACCAGAAUUUAGUGACCAGACUGAGUUCCGUGGCCAGCGCUCAGCUUACGGACGGAAAUCCCUCUAUAGCCGACCUAAGCGAUAUUAACAGACCCACGAAGAUUGCCGAGAAAUUCUCAGAACUUUACGACAAUGAAUGGACGGACGCAUUCGAGGCGCUGACGGGUCAAUAUCAUAUGAGCGAGAAAGAAGCCAUAGACUGUCUGCUGAGGAUUCUUAAGGACUGUUACAACUUUGGUAAAGUUGCCGCCAGUGGUCAGUUAUCCGAGCUUCACAAAGUUCUCUUGAUGCUCCACACGACCGGCAGAACCAGAGAAACGCUUGUAUUGUCUAGUAUUAAAAAACUCUCGAAAGAUGAAAUAAAAGCGGUUAAAGAUCUAAGAAAGGCCUGUGCUGUCCAUGCAACCAAAGCUGUUCUAAAGUUGUUUAAUGACACACCUGAUGGACGGACCGUUCUCAGUGAUUCCCAACAGUCGUCCUGUUCAAGCUUCAUCUCCAGGGCCGUGGAGCUGUGCUGGCUCAUGAAUGUCCAGGACCCGCCUCUCGCGGUCACGUGGUCUGUCAAGCCUGGCGAGAGCUGUGACAACUCGCGGUAUAAACAGUUCACACACUCCGGUCAGUUUGUCGAGUUCCUUGUUUGGCCUCCACUGUACUUGUUCAAGGACGGGCACCUGCUCAGUAAGGGCGUGGUUCAGUGUAUAUGAUGAUGGCUUUGUAUGGGUUUUUUUUUCUGGAGAUGUCAUUCACGAUUAUAACAAUUUGCCAAAUGUUGAUGUAU